AUGGCAGACGGUAUCGAUCGCAAAGCUGAGGAGAGGAUGGAGUUCUCAACCUCCAAGGAUGUGACCGUCGUUCCCACCUUCUCUGAUAUGCACUUGAAAGAGAAUCUUCUCCGCGGUAUCUACGCUUAUGGAUACGAAUCGCCUUCGGCUGUUCAAUCUCGUGCCAUCGUUCAAAUCUGCAAAGGUCGCGACACCAUCGCCCAGGCGCAAUCAGGAACGGGUAAGACAGCUACAUUUUCGAUCAGCAUGCUUCAGGUUAUCGACACGGCUGUUCGCGAAACACAGGCUCUUGUACUAUCGCCAACUCGAGAGCUUGCAACUCAGAUCCAGUCGGUUGUUAUGGCUCUUGGAGAUUACAUGAAUGUCCAAUGCCACGCUUGCAUUGGAGGCACAAACGUGGGUGAGGAUAUUCGAAAACUCGAGUAUGGACAACACAUUGUCUCUGGGACGCCAGGUCGGGUUGCUGAUAUGAUUCGCCGUCGAAAUCUUCGAACUCGGCAUAUCAAGAUGCUAGUUCUUGACGAGGCUGAUGAACUGCUUAACCGUGGUUUCAGAGAGCAAAUUUACGAUGUGUACCGAUACCUACCUCCUGCAACUCAAGUGGUGGUCGUGUCUGCUACACUCCCAUACGAUGUACUCGAUAUGACCACGAAAUUCAUGACCGACCCUGUACGCAUUCUGGUUAAGCGUGAUGAAUUGACUCUGGAAGGCUUGAAGCAGUACUUCAUUGCAGUCGAAAAGGAGGACUGGAAAUUUGAUACCCUUUGCGAUCUUUAUGAUACUCUUACCAUCACCCAGGCCGUUAUUUUCUGUAACACACGCAGAAAGGUCGAUUGGCUAACGGAUAAGAUGCGUGAGGCCAACUUCACAGUAUCUUCAAUGCACGGAGAAAUGCCACAGAAGGAGCGAGAUAGCAUCAUGCAGGACUUCCGUCAAGGGAACUCGAGAGUUUUGAUCUCUACCGAUGUCUGGGCUCGUGGUAUCGAUGUUCAGCAGGUAUCGCUGGUCAUCAACUAUGACUUGCCAAGCAACCGUGAGAACUACAUCCAUCGCAUUGGUCGAAGUGGUAGAUUUGGACGGAAGGGUGUUGCAAUCAACUUCGUGACGAGCGAGGAUGUCAGAAUCCUACGCGAUAUUGAAUUGUACUAUUCAACUCAAAUUGACGAGAUGCCAAUGAAUGUUGCUGAUCUCCUGUCGUAA